AUGAUACCGGUUGGGAAGGCUCUAAACCGUGGGAGAAGUAUCAUUACGAUGCCUGUAGGACGUUUGGCAACUAAGAUGCAGUUCCGUAACCGGACUGCUGUUUUAUGGAGUAGAAGUUUUGCCACGGGAGGAGUGGUGUCGCAGAAACAUAAAGCUGGAGAAAUUGUCAAACGUGGUAAGGAGGCUAAACUUUUAUCCCAAAAAUCCGUUAUCAAGUGGGUUGUAUUGACAGGUGUGACUAUAGCAUUAGGAACUGUCAUUCUCAAUUCUCAGACUAGGGAUGAAGAUGAAGCCGAAGAUGAAGAGACAAAAGGUCGCAAGAGGUUGCCAAGAAUUAGGAUCUUUGAUAAUGAUUGGCUCUUCUUUUGCUACUCUACGUUACCUUUGAAUGCUUUGUCUCGCCUUUGGGGCCAAGUUAAUUCUCUUAAUUUACCGGUAUGGCUCAGACCUUGGGGAUUUAAGUGUUAUUCGUACUUGUUCGGUGUUAAUUUAGAUGAAAUGGUAGACCAAGAUCUGAAAAACUACGCAAAUCUAUCUGAAUUUUUUUAUCGAGAGAUAAGACCUAACUGCAGACCCAUUGACACUCGUGAAAAUGUGGUGGUUUGCCCCAGUGAUGGUAAGAUCUUGAAAAUUGGUAUUAUAGAUUCUGAAAGUGGUGAGAUUGAACAAGUCAAAGGGUUAACCUAUUCUAUCAAGGAUUUCUUAGGUACACAUUCUCACCCGACAAUGUCCAAAAGUGAGUCAAGUCUAGAUUUGAACUCAGAUGAGGAAAAACACAAGGAAUUCGCAAGACAAAUUGAUUUCAGGCUUUCUGAUCAAAGUGGACACGAAUCAGAGCACUAUCUGAAUGUAAAGGAAGAAGGUGACAAAGUUAUUGAGGAAGCCAAACCUUCUAUCUCCAAGAGUAUGAAAUUGUUAAAUGAAUUAUCGCUGAUGCCUGGUUCCUAUCACAUGCCAUAUAACGAGCCAAAUGACACUCAGUUAUAUUUCGCUGUCGUCUACCUGGCUCCCGGUGAUUACCAUCAUUAUCACUCUCCGGUAAACUGGGUUUGUAAACUUCGUCGUCAUUUCCCAGGUGAUCUAUUCUCUGUGGCUCCUUACUUCCAACGUAAUUUCCCUAAUCUGUUUGUGUUAAAUGAACGUGUCGCUCUGUUAGGUCACUGGAAACAUGGUUUCUUCAGCAUGACAGCAGUUGGUGCCACAAAUGUGGGGUCUAUCAAGUUGAGUUUUGACAAGGAACUGGUAACUAACGUUAGAAGAAAAAAGCAUAACGAGCCUCAUUCCUGCUACGAAGCUACCUAUCAAAACGCUAGCAAGAUACUUGGCGGUAUGCCACUGAUUAAGGGUGAAGAGAUGGGUGGUUUUAUGCUGGGUAGUACUGUUGUGUUGUGCUUCGAAGCACCAAGAGGGUUCCAGUUCGACGUCAAAGUGGGUGACAAGGUCAAAUUGGGUCAAGCGUUGGGAGCUGUAGAGUAG